AGCCAGCCAGCCCAGACCACAGCCGCCGCCCGGCAGGAGCCCUCCCGUUUCCUUGCUCGGGGGAGUGGGGAAAUGUCCUUCGGGUCGCUUUCCGGGAAGCAGCAGGAUGCACCGCUCCACUGUCACUAGCAACAAGGAAUAGCUGUGUGGCGCGAGGAAGGAGCUGUUGACUAAAACCAAUUGACUAAGAAGAUAUCAUGUAAUCCUGGCACAACCUCUUACCCUUGGAAUCUGUAUUUGCGAGGUUUCCUCCUUUUCCCGCUGAACGUGAAGUCAGGCAGAGUACCCUGUGAAGGACUUCAGCCCCCACAGUUCCCUCUGUGCGCAUGCCCUCUCUUCUUACAGCUGUCAAAGUGCUUUUGCCAGAGCGGUCACAUAAUCAACCUGAAAGAAGAAAAUAAAUACUGUACACUUUUAAAUUUUAUCUAUCCUUAAAAACUGGACACUCAAAGGGUCUCAGCCUGUAAUGAUACUCAUGUAUUUAAAACAACACGUUCUAACUCAAUAACUACAUGUAUGGAAAUCUCCUGGUUUUGAGUGACUAUUUUCAUCCUUGAAUGAGAAAAGAGGCUGUGUGACAGAGGGUGAACGCUCUGAGUUCCGGUGAAGGGAAAAGAGACGUGGCGAAAUUGCUGUCUUUCGGUCUUAUAAGCACAUCUCUCACUAAUACAGAAAAGGAGCCAAGACAUCAGAAAGGCUGCGCAAACCAUGCAGGAUGAUUUACUGAUGGACAAAAGCAAAACCCAGCCCCAGCCCCAGCAGCAGCGGCAGCAGCAGCAGCAGGAGCAGGAACAGCAGCAGCAGCCGCCCCAGCCCCAGCCCCAGCCCAGCGCAGCAGAAGCCGGGUCCACGCCCCUCUCGCCGGAGACCCCUAAGCCGGAGGACAGCAGCGCAGUGCCAGCCCUUAGCUCCACCGCGGCCCCGCCAGCCCCCAACGGCCCGGACAAGAUGCAGAUGGAAUCGCCGCUCCUGCCGGGCUUGAGUUUCCAUCAGCCCCCUCAGCAGCCGCCGCCGCAAGAGCCCACGGCACCGGGUGCGUCGCUGUCGCCGUCCUUUGGCAGCACCUGGUCCACAGGCACCGCGAACGCAGUGGAGGACAGCUUCUUCCAAGGGAUCACCCCCGUCAACGGGACCAUGCUCUUCCAGAACUUCCCGCACCACGUCAACCCAGUCUUUGGAGGCACCUUCUCCCCGCAGAUCGGCCUGGCGCAGACCCAGCACCACCAGCAGCCGCCGCCGCCAGCGCCGCAGUCCGCUCAGCCGGUAGGUGUGGGCGUGGGGGUUCCCUCCCCACUUAACCCCAUCUCACCGCUGAAAAAGCCCUUCUCCAGCAAUGUGAUCGCACCUCCCAAGUUCCCCCGUGCGGCGCCACUCACGUCCAAAUCCUGGAUGGAGGAUAACGCUUUCCGAACAGAUAAUGGUAACAAUCUGUUGCCAUUUCAGGACCGGAGUAGGCCCUAUGACACUUUUAACUUGCACUCGUUGGAGAACUCCUUAAUGGAUAUGAUAAGGACUGAUCAUGAGCCUCUGAAAGGUAAACACUACCCUCCCAGUGGCCCACCAAUGAGUUUCGCUGAUAUAAUGUGGAGGAAUCAUUUUGCAGGACGCAUGGGAAUAAAUUUUCAUCAUCCUGGAACAGAUAAUAUUAUGGCACUUAACACCAGGAGCUAUGGGCGGAGACGAGGUCGAUCUUCUCUCUUUCCCUUUGAAGACGCCUUCUUGGAUGACAGCCAUGGUGAUCAGGCCUUGUCAUCUGGUUUGAGUUCUCCCACUCGCUGUCAGAAUGGGGAGCGAGUUGAGCGCUACUCUAGAAAGGUGUUUGUUGGAGGCCUCCCUCCUGACAUCGAUGAAGAUGAGAUCACUGCCAGCUUUCGCAGAUUUGGACCUCUUGUGGUAGACUGGCCUCAUAAAGCGGAAAGCAAGUCAUAUUUUCCUCCUAAAGGCUAUGCCUUUCUGCUAUUCCAGGAGGAAAGCUCAGUUCAAGCUUUGAUAGAUGCCUGCCUAGAAGAAGAUGGGAAACUGUACCUGUGUGUGUCAAGCCCAACCAUCAAAGAUAAACCAGUGCAAAUUCGACCAUGGAACCUAAGUGACAGUGACUUUGUAAUGGAUGGUUCUCAGCCUUUGGACCCCAGAAAAACUAUCUUUGUUGGGGGAGUUCCACGACCCCUCCGAGCUGUUGAACUGGCGAUGAUCAUGGACCGUUUGUAUGGCGGUGUCUGCUAUGCUGGAAUUGACACAGACCCAGAGCUGAAGUACCCCAAAGGUGCUGGCCGCGUGGCAUUCUCCAAUCAGCAGAGUUACAUCGCAGCUAUCAGCGCGCGCUUUGUGCAGCUUCAACACAACGACAUCGACAAACGGGUGGAAGUGAAGCCAUAUGUGCUGGAUGAUCAGAUGUGUGACGAGUGCCAGGGCACGCGCUGUGGAGGGAAGUUCGCCCCGUUCUUCUGUGCCAACGUCACCUGUCUGCAGUAUUACUGCGAGUACUGCUGGGCGAGCAUCCACUCCCGCGCCGGGCGAGAGUUCCACAAGCCGCUGGUGAAGGAGGGAGGCGACCGCCCUCGUCACGUCCCGUUCCGCUGGAGCUGAGCCGGGCCGACCCAGCCACAAGUACUGGAGUAGAUAACGAGGAGGGAAAAGAGAGGGCACUGCCUCAGGGCUUACAGUGUUCUGGAAAUCUGUGCAUUCGUUCUCGAUUUUUAAAGAAGAAAAUGGGUCUUUUUAUUAUUACUA